CGGCUGGUGGAGAACAGGGAGAUGAACCUGCAGGAGCGGCUCCGGCUUUAAAGCGGCUCGUCAGGGAGAGGAGACGCACACACACGCGCGCGCACACACACCCGCGGCGGAACCGUCUCUCCGCAGCUCCGAAGGUGAAGUGGGCUGGAGGGGCUGAAUUUGUGUUGGGCUCCAAGGCAAUCUCCAGAGGGACCUCCAUGCAGUUCAAUGGGAUUUUAAAGGGCUGACUGCUCAGGAAUUGCUCACCCCUGCUGAUUGUGAGUCAGAUCGCCGUCCCUCCCUCCCACAGGCCAACCCAGAACCCCCCCCCCAAAUCGUUGACAGCCACUGGAGUGAAGCCCCCCCACACACCCCCCCCUCCUGACACAACCUGAGCAAACCCAGAGAGAGGAGGGGACAGAGAAGGAGAGAGGAGCCCCCCGACUCAACCGGCGGCAGAACUGAUCGGCCCCAGAGAGAGGAGGCGGACAGAAGGAGCAUAGCAGGAAUCGCGGGGGACUGUGAAGAGCUGCGCUUUGAAGAGGGAGGAAGGGUAGUCGCCAUGGACGCGGGCCCCGUGACACCGGAGGAGAAGGGACCGUCGGAGGGGCAGACGGCGUGCUCCGCCAUGUGCGCGGCCGGGUCGCCCGAGGGGGAGACGGUGUGCGCGGCGCUGGCCCGCUAUGAGGCCACGCUGCACGACGCUGUGCGUGAGAUCCGCGCGGACGUCAGCGCCUUCAAGACGGGCGUGGAGCGGCGGCUGGAGGAGGCGGCCCGGCUGACGGGGCCCCUGGGCCGGGCCGUGGCCCAGCUGCAGCAGGAGAACCGGCAGCUCCGGGGCCAGCUGGAGGCGCUGACCCGCCAGCUGGAGGCUCUCACGGGGACGGUGUGUGACAGGAGUGCCCUGAUGGCCAACAGCCACCCGCCCGACCUGCCUCUGACCCCGGCCAGCGCCGGCCAGCCGUCCCCGCAGCCCACGGCCCACCCGGCUCUGCACUCUCCCUCCUCCCCCCCCGGGGCCGCCGCCCCCGGCGCCGGCGGCCCGGCCGGGCCUUCCCCCGGGCCCGGGUCCGGAUCCACUCACUCCUCUGCAGCCACUCGCUUCUCCAGCCGAGCCACUUUCUCUGUGUUCAACAAAACCAACAGUGUGGAGAAGGAGGAGCCUAUCGAGGUAGACCCGCCCCAAACUGCUGCAGUGCUGGAGAAUGGGCACCAAUCAGCAUCAGAGAACUCUGUGGUGCCGCAAGAGGUGCGGUUGCCUCACAGAGAGCCUCCACAGGAGCAUGCCGCCCCCACAUCUAUGGUGAGGCCACACCUGCCCAUCACUGCCACAACCAAAGCUGCCGAAUCCUCUGCCGCCUCGUUAGCUAGGACCCCAGAGUCGCCGACCAGUCCUGUACGCAGCCAGUCCUCUGUUCUGACGGAAGCGCAGCCAGCUAGCCAAUCAGUAGGGGGCGCUCUGCCUCACACGGCAGCAGAAUCUACCAUUCAACCAGCCUCUGCAGUGAAGACUUGGACUCCUGCUCCGAUGAGGACAAUGGGAUCCCCUCGAAUGCCAGAUAAGGCCUCCUCUUUGCCUUCCAAGUCAGUGACUUACUCAGGCAUCGGUCCAGCCGGCGCAGACAGGGACGUGGACGUGGGGGGGCAGCUGUCCUUCGGGAGGGGCGUGGAGCGCAGGCGGGAGCUGGUGAGGUCACAGACGCUGCCCCGCACCAUGGGGGCGCAGGCGAGACGCUCCCUCUUUGAGAGGCUGGACUCUGACCCCAACAAGCCCAAAACCCUGGACUCCAAACCCAAACUGAAACGCUCUCAGAGUUUCGGCGUGUCCAGUGCCAGCAGCAUUAAGCAGAUCCUACUGGAGUGGUGUCGCUCCAAAACCAUCGGAUACCAGAACAUCGACAUCCAGAACUUCUCCUCCAGCUGGAGCGAUGGGAUGGCCUUCUGCGCCCUGGUCCACUCCUUCUUCCCCACUGAGUUUGACUACAACGCGCUGACGCCUUCCGACCCCAAACACAACUUCGAGGUGGCCUUCGGCACGGCGGAGACAAAGGCAGGCUGCGACCGGCUCAUUGAGGUGGAAGACAUGAUGGUGAUGGGCCGCAAACCUGAUCCCAUGUGUGUCUUCACCUACGUCCAGUCCCUCUACAACCACCUGCGCAGGUUCGAGUGAGGACGACACCCCCUCCUCCUCCUCCUCGCAAAUCCGCCCCUGUCCGCUCAGGGACAGAAACACUAUGGAAGAGACCACCAUACCCUCAGAAUGGUGGACCGGCCUUAACCCUACCCCUGCGACCUGGAGCGACCGUGUGCCUUGAGGAUGGAAGAAAUCUAAAUCCCACUGCCCGGGGUUAGCCUUCACCGCGGGCUGACCUAGGGCAGAGGACGACCACUCAAACUCUACCGCUGACGCCCAUCUCAGUUACUCUCCAACCAGCCCCGUCUCCGUCACUUUCUCCCUCUCCGUUCCCUGCUCCUCGGAUCACACUGGCAGAAGCUGAGGAGGAGAAGAGGCUGUGAACUCACCAGACCUGUUUGUUUGCUGGUGGCUUAUUGAAGCGCCAGAUGCCUUGGCCCACAGUGAAAACAUCUGCCUCUGGGACAGUGAGACCCACAGAAGAAAAUCCUUCAGGCCUGAAGCAUUUGAUCACAGUGUAGAAAUACUUGCCUUGUCUCACUGCCAGUGUUUUAGAGCUACGACGGGCAGAUACACUGACGCUCAAAAACUGACUCGAUCAAACGGGGAAAAAAACAUCCAUUGACUGCACUGCCAAGAAGGUCACAUAUUUAAUCACGCUCAACAUUAUUUUUUGUGAACAGAAAAGGUGAUUUCAUGCCACCUCAGGGAGCUGGAGACUGUAACUAAAGGCACAGGUUUGGAGAGAGCUUGGAAGGGCCUGGGCUUCACUCUUUCAUCUUUGUUUUUUUUUUUUUUUGGAAUGUUUGACUUGUGUUUGACUUUAUUGCUGUUAACGGGCGAUUUGUUGUUAUACUGCACUGUAGUUUGUUAAAGUGUUCCCCGCGUAAACCUCACCAAAGUGCCUGUGUGCCCUCACACUGUGGUCUGAGAGACUGCAGACAUGCUAGUGAGACGACCUGACAAUACUUUGCUGAAGCAACAGGGUCUCUGUAAAGGCAGUUUCUUAUGAAUGUUCAUGUGUAGGCCUACUGGGAAUUUGUAGCCUAAAAUUCUUGUAGCUGCAAACUGUUCAGAACAAAAAUAUGGCCAAGGUCAGCCUCCCCAUGAAUAUGUGAGUAUAGCAGAAGAUAGGAUGACCAUACGUCCUCUUUUUCCCGGACAUGUCCUCGUUUUGGGACCCAAAACAUGCGUCUCCAAACGAGGACGUGUCUGGGAAAAAGAGGACGUAUGGUCACCCUCGCGAAAGACAUCAACCUCCACUGUGACUCUUGAAAGAACUAGAAAGAAAAAAGAGUGCUGGGUCUUAUUACAGA